AUGAACGACGCCUCAGACGCGUCCUUCAGCGUCACCUUUCCCCUUCCCUUCAGAGUACUCUCGCUCAUCGGCCUCGGAAUACUCGGUUGGGCGGCAAAUGUGCAUGGCUUGCGUGCACUCGGCGUAGACGCAGUGCGGGCUCUUGACCUUAGGCCCGAAGCCGACGAAUACCCUCAGGUCGCUGUUGACGGUGGCCGCGUACACAGGCCCUAUGCCGAUCCCAAAGCAGUGUACAAGCCGGUGUACAGGCUUGCCGUCAUCUAUGCUACCUUUUGUACAGUUGCAUGGUGGUUCUACGACCGAAGCACCCAGGGAAACGCUACGCUUGCGAAUGUCUACAAGUUCAUACCGAGCAUAUGUGCUCUCUGCACGCUGAUCAUGCUCGUCAAUCCAUAUAACAUGCUAUCCAAACGAACUCGUGACGCCUUCAUACUCUCGCUCAGACGUUGCCUGAACCCACCACAUAAUACACCGGUGUACUUCUCUGAUGUUGUAUUUGCCGAUGUCUUCACUUCGUAUGCAAAAGUAAUUGGCGACGUCUGGUUGUCUCUUCUCAUGCUUCUCCCUGGCGGGAGCCUUUUGUCCCCACCUCGACAGGGAGGGCUUGCACGUUGGAUUUUGCCAACACUCAUGAGUCUCCCCUACGCAGUCCGUCUAAGGCAGUGCCUCAUCGAAUACUUUCUUCCCGGAAACACCUCGAAGAAGCAGCUCUGGAAUGCAAUCAAAUAUGCUUCGUCCUUCCCCGUCAUCUAUCUAUCAGCUGCACAGCGUCUCGUCGUUAGCGAUCUUGUCCGGGACAAGGGAGAGCGUGUUGUUGACGAGCCAUGGCAUGGCGAGCAUGCGCUUUUCAGAUUAUGGCUUUUGGCCGGUGCGGUCAACUCGCUCUAUUCGUUUUGGUGGGAUGUCACGAACGAUUGGGGAUUCGACCUCCUAGUGCCUUCAUCAGGGUCCAAACCCAUGCCGCCGCGUGCUCUGGUUCUUCCCGCUUUACACCAGCGGGACGAGUCUGUUACUUCGCGCUCUUCCUCGACUACCUCCCCUCUUCAUUCGCACGCGCCGACAUCUAGACCGACGCAUCCGUGGGGCCUCCGUUCCGUCCUGCUCUUCCCACUCCCGCUAUAUGCCGCAGCCAUCUUCACGGACUUUGUGCUGCGCCUGACCUGGGCGGUCAAACUGAGCAGUCACCUACACGCUCACCGCGCAGGAGAAGGCUCCGGCCUCAUCUUCGUAUUGGAGGUCGCCGAGAUCUUCCGACGGUGGAUGUGGGUUUUCUUCCGUGUUGAAUGGGAGGUCGUCCGUUCUCCGGAGAUGCGGAGGGGACAUGGGGAUGAGAUUGAAGCGCUUGAAAUGGCCGCGGACGAGCUGGGCUCGGAUGGCAAUGGACAUGAAUAUAGAUACGCUGAAGAGCACAAGAUGCGUGGAUAA